GUUUAAAAACAAAAACUCGCGUAGCGCAAGGAACAGCAUAAACGACGCCGCGUUCAACAACGACCCUUUCCUUGCCACUCGCCUUUCGUAUACGACGACGCUCUCGGAAAAACGGUGCCCAUUGGUGGUGCCGCCGUUACGCUAAUCUCGCACACGACGUCGUAUCCAUCACCCUCGUCAAAUCCUCUCUUCCGCUUGAUUUCGAAACCCUAAUUCGGAAAACAAAAAGUUACUUUAUCCGGAAUUAGCGCGUAAGGCCAAUGGCAUCUUCUUCAGACUCAUGGAUGAAGGAAUAUAAUGAAGCCGUGAAACUCGCGGAUGAUAUAAGUGGCAUGAUUUCUGAGCGCAGUUCAUUCCCUGCAUCUGGACCAGAAACUCAGCGCCAUGCAUCUGCUAUAAGAAGGAAGAUCACGAUAUUAGGGACCAGACUUGAUAGCUUGCAAUCUCUUUUGUCAAAGUUCCCUGCAAAAACUGAGAAGGAGAUGAACCGUCGCAAGGACAUGCUUGCAAAUUUGAGGACCAAAGUCACCCAAAUGGCUUCAACAUUGAACAUGUCCAACUUUGCAAAUAGGGAUAGUUUGCUUGGCCCAGAAAUAAAACCAGAUGCAAUGAGCAGAACCGUAGGCCUGGACAACAGUGGGCUAGUUGGUCUACAACGCCAAAUUAUGAAAGAGCAAGACGAUGGCCUUGAGAAAUUGGAGGAGACUGUAAUCAGUACAAAACAUAUUGCAUUGGCGGUGAAUGAAGAGCUGGAUCUACACACCAGGCUCAUUGAUGACUUGGAUCAACAUGUAGAUGUUACAGAUUCUCGGCUGAGGCGAGUGCAGAAGAACUUGGCAAUUUUGAACAAACGUACCAAGGGUGGUUGCUCCUGCUUGUGCUUGCUUUUAUCAGUGAUUGGUAUAGUGGUCUUGGUUGUUGUCAUAUGGCUAUUGAUCAAAUAUUUGUAAAGAUAAAAAUAUCCAGCUUAUGAAGUUUCUCUUUUUCAUGUUUCGAAUGUGUGCAUUGAAACAUGAUAGUGUUUUUCUUCGAUUUUUUUUUAUGGUGCUUUGGCAAUGACAUGGAAUUUACUAAGGUAUUGAAAGGCUGUGCUUUGUAAUUGUCAGAUUUCAAGUGUUGUUACCUUUUUGAGUGUUCGUGUAUAAAUCAGUAAAUUUACAUUAAUGACUUGGGUGGGAAGUGAGAGAAUUUAUGUCA